UUAAUUAUUUCAUUCUUAAUGUAUUUAUUGGUGCUGUUUUGUUAUUAAAAUAGUACAGUAUUAUUUUUAUACGGCUGUAAGACGCCUCUUCCGCGCAGUAGCGCUCAGUAGAGUAGCGGAACCUCUCCGUCGUCUCUCCCGGUCUCUGUUUAGUCAGGAUGAAGUGGCGAGCUUCCGGGCGACAGGGUACCAGCAGUAAACAUGGCGGAGGAACUGCUGGAAACAGUGGAUAGACUUCAGUCCCGGCUACUGGAGAACCCGGAGCCUCGAAAGCUUCUAAAGACUUUCAAAAGACUGGGGGAACUUCCCAUGACUGUGGACAUACUGGUGGAAACUGGAGUCGGGAAAACUGUGAAUUCUUUUAGGAAACAUCAACUGGCUGGAGAGGUGGCAAAAGGCCUCGUAGCCAAAUGGAAGAAACUGGUUCCUCAGUCUGCAGACAGACCCGCCAACAGCCACGUCAAAGAGGCACCGCGGACACACACACACUCCCGAGGCCCAGAGGCGGGGGGCGAUGGAGGAGGCCACAGACGCACCCGGGAGCCCUCCCCCGAGGAAGAGCCCUCCUACAUGGAAGAGGAAGAAGAGGAGGAAGAAGAGGAGGAGGAAGAGGAGGAGGAGGAGAGAGGCUAUCACACAAACUAUUCGCCCUCACCUCCUCAACACGAGCAGUACAGCCCUCCACAGCGAGGAGGCUACCAGUCGGACGAGUACGAGAGCCCCGAGCCUGAGCCUGAGCCUGAGCCUGAGCCUGAGCCCGAGCCCGAGCCUGAGCCUGAGCCCGAGCUCGAGCCUGAGCCUGAGCCUGAGCCUGAGUCUGAACCAAGUCCUCCUCCUCCUCGCAAAGAGGUCCGCCACGCCAAACCCAACAAAGAACCCAACAAAAACCACCACCACGGUUCCCACGGCGACAGAAACAGGGACAGAGAUGAGGAGCGGCGGCAACGCCAUGCACAGAUGAGUAGCGAUCGAGGAGGAGGAAGAGAGGGCGGUGAAGGGAAGAAACGCAGCGCAGACAGGGAGAGACAGCAGAGUCCAGUACUAAAGUCUGCAAAGCACAGCAGGAAGUCCACCACACAUGAGAGCAAGAGGGACGAGAAGAAGAAAGGAGGAGAUGACGGGCAACCACGGGCGCCAAAGGACUCUCUGCCCAAAGAGCAGGAAGAGGACUUUGAGACCCCCACCAUGUCCUUUGAGUCUUUCCUCACAUAUGACGCCCCAACGCCUGUCAAGAAGAAGAAGAAGCCAUCAUCGUCAUCAUCCUCGUCACACAGUCGACCGUCUCACUCUUCUUCCUCCACGUCGUCCUCCCGUCGUUCACGCACCCCUCCGCCCGCCCCCUCCUCAUCCUCCUCUUCCUCGAAAGGGAGCAAGGCUAACGGCACACAGAGCGCCAAGAGGCCACAUUCAGGCUCCAGUUCGGCAACAAUGGAAAAACGCAAGAGGGUGGUCGAGGCCGUCGCGACUCUUCCUGAAAUCCCUCUGCCAGCGAUCCAACCCAACUAUAGACCUCUGCCCUCCAUCGACGUCACACCGCUGUCACCGCAGAGACGGAAAGUUCCUGUCUGCAACAACGACGAGGAGGAUUCCGGGUUCACGGGGAAGCGAUUCAACUCUAAGAUGGUGGUCUACUCGGGAUCAAAGACCGCUUACUUGCCCAAGAUGAUGACUCUGUACGAGCAGUGCAUCCGUGUGCUGCAGAACAACAUCGACUCCAUCGCCGAGGUCGGAGGAGUGCCGUUCGAGAUCCUGGAACCGGUGCUGGAGCGAUGUACACCAGAGCAGCUGUACCGCAUCGAGCAGAGCAACCAGUGGUUUACGGAGGAAUCUGACGAACUGUGGAUGCGUCACUGUCAGCGGGACUUUAAGCGCGAGUCUCGUCAGGAGUACGAGUCGUGGAGGGAGAUGUAUCUGAGGCUGCACGACGAGCGUGAGGAGCGGCUGAGGAUGCUCACCCAGAACAUCUCCUCCGCCCAUGCCAACAAGCCAAAAGGGCGACAGGUCAAGAUGGCGUUUGUGAAUUCUGUCGCCAAGCCGCCACGUGACGUCCGCCGCCGACAAGAGAAGUUCGGCACCAUCAGCGGUUCGUCAGCGAGCUCCACCGCGGCUGCAAACCCCAUCAAAAUAAGACCAGCUACCAUAAACUACUCUGGUGAAUCGAGCCACUCUUCUUCCUCCCAACUCGACCCUUCUCCCAGCUCGUCUCGCUCCUCAGCACCGGGUGGUGGAGGAGGAGGAGGAGGAGGACCUGGAGGAGGACCUGGAGGAGGACCUGUCGCCCGGGACAAGCCACAGGUCAAAAGUAAAAAUCGCCCCCAUGAUGGCCAAAACUAUCAAAGCUUUCAAGAACAGAUUCUCCCGCCGAUAGUGUGAAAGAGACUGAAUAUAUUUUAUGAAUUCCAAUUAUGUUUUUAAUUUAAGUUUAGCAAAAUUUUACUGGAGACCCCUUCAUCCCUGCCCACACACACACACACACACACACACACACACACACAAACACACACAAACACACACAAACACACAAACACAUACACACACAUCAUCAUCUUUACCACCAAACACAUGGUAGGAACUUUUCAGUAUUGGUGGAAAAAGGGUUGAUUUUUAAAACAAAAUUUAUUUAAGUGGUGGCAUCUGUUUUGGGGGGGUCUUUGAAUAAGUAUUUAAAUCAUAAAUGAAGGUCUGUGGGUGUGACGUCUGUGUUAAGAAAAAUGAAGUCUGCAACUUUUUACAAGACGUAAAGGACACACACCUGCAAACACACAGUCUGUUACCUUUUCUUGUUUUCUAGCAGCCUUUUUAAAAGGAAUAGCUCGACCCUUUUGGGAAAUGCUCUGUUUUGCUUUCCUAAAGAGAGUUAGAUGAGAAGACUGAUACCACUCUCACAUCUAAAAGUGGUGUCAAUCUUCUCAUCUAACUCUUGGAUGGUCUACUAAAACAUCAAACUUUUCCUUCAUGGGACAGAAAAAUGACUGAUUCUUUUCAUUUAAAGAAUAGUUGUUUGUUACUUUUCAUUACGUGCAAAUGGUACACUACAUGAGGAAAACCUUUACACACUCUUUUUUUUUUAUCUUAAUGGUAUGCAUGGUGCACGUCAGCCGAGGCAUCAAUUGGCUGGUUAAAGACUCUGCUUUUAAAAAAAACAACAACACACAUCCAUAUUUAAACAUGGUGCAUUUUUUUUAAUGUGUAGAGCUAAAAUGAUAUCAGUGAACUACACGCACACACACACACACACACACACACACACACACACACACACACACACAUUGUAGACUUAUUUUAACCCUCCUGUGGCUUCAGAUCAUGUUUUCCUGCUGUUGAAUGUGUGUGUCCCUGUUUGUAUCUGCUUCACUGUGACGAAUAGCUUGAGUGAAUGCUGGAGAGACUGUAGGAAGAGAAGAAGAAGAAGAACAAGGAAACACAACAAUAAGGAAGGAAGUUAAUAGGAUGUCUGCAGUUUCAGUCUACAACAAUGAUGAGAUGUAUUUAUUUUCAACACUGGGACCUGGCACCCCGCAACAUGGGCCUGAAAGGAAGUAGAUUAAAAAUUGUAAUUUUAUUAGAUUUUAAUAAAUGUUAUAUGGUCAUUUUUAUUAAAAUUGACUUUUUGCCCUUAAGACUGUGUGUGUGUGUGCUGAAAUAUUUUUGUGCGGCUUUAUCAAGCAACACAAACCUCCUCUGUGCUUUCUAUUGAACAUGAGAAAGGAGUAUCACUUGUGUCAACAUUUUCUCUCCAAAUGACUGAACAAAUUCCAAAAGUGUGCAGAGGAGGAGGUCUACAGUAGUCUGGAAGAACUGUCACUAGAGAAUGUCCUGUAGGCCUUAAUAUAGACUUAUUAGUGUGUUGUUUAUAUAAUGUUAUUCUUAAAUCAUGGAUUGUGGCAUUUAUGCCCAAUUAAACCUACAUUUUGUGUUGUU